UUGCGCCUGCUGUACAGAAUAGUGUUUGAACACAACAGAGACAUACAAAUGUUUCACGGAGCUGUAAAGGCCAAUUGUUUUUAACGCUCUCUAUUCAUCACAACUGGGAGUCAAGAGCAGGACUUGUUUUGUACAGGGAGAACAUUUAAAGGGGCCAUUAACAUUUGCCUGGAGGACAAGUGAAAUUGAAAAUAGGGCAGAAUAUGGCAAUGUAGUAGUGUCUCCUGUCGCUUCUUAACUUGCGUGUCUGAACGGGAGAGGGACCUCAUACACAGAGCUCUAACAGCGAAUUGCUAUUUAAGGGCUACAGUACAGGUUUCUGUGUUGUAAAACAGACCUUUGGUCAUUCUGGCCAUUUUUUCAGUGCCGGGGAAUUCGUGUCAGCGCUGGGGCAGGAACCUGUGCCGUUACCUGGUGCAGCAGCCACACUCAGACACUUGCUGGAUUCACUGCGGGUAGCCAAUGAGAAUUCAGGGUACUAGUCCCUUAUCUCUGUCCAAUCAGAAGCUGGAGUACGUGUUUACACGCCAGGACUCUACUGUUAUUGACAUAAAAGACUCCUGUCCCGCUGUCAAACUCUAUGGUAUAGGUGUAACUAAGGGAGACCGGUAUUAGCUCAGGCUGUAAUCUCAGCACGUGCGAAAUGUAAUGGCAAAGCAGUGAUUAGAAAGUAACUGCACGUCACGCUGCUGCUUUUGCAUCUCUUACGCCAUUGAGUUGUGAGGAAAACGUGAUGCGGCUGCCUACAUCCAUCUCCAGGAGCCGAGUAGCUGAGGAACAUGUGCAAAUGUCCCAUCGCGCCGAAUGACAGGAAGUAGCACUUAAUUAUUUCACUAAUUGCACUUGUUGCGCUGAGUUAGCCUGGUAGGGUAUCGGCAAUAGAUGCAGACACUGGCAGUGGCCUCACUACUUCCCCAGAGGACUCUGUGAAAAGUUAGUUCCAGGCUCACCUCACACCCCCGGGCCAGCUAACCCCGCCCCCCGUAUCGUCACCACUUCUUCCUCCGUCUCUCCCGUCCCUUUUAUACUUCAAAUUUGGGUCGUGUUAUCUGAGGCCAGCGACCUGUAUUGCUGUCCUGUCAGUGUCUGCUCACCGCCCCUGAGAAUUGUCUGUGAAUGAUCACCUUUUAUUCCACAAACCUAAACUGUACCGUGAGGUGCUGGAAAGGGGGGUUGGCAUGACAACCAUCAGUGGAUAUUUUUUUAACCCCCUGAAAGAUUCAUGUCAAAUAUUCUGUCAUUCCCAUAAAGCUAUACCAGGAUUAUAAAGUAACAGGCUGGCUGUCAGGGAGUGUAGCCGGGAGUUGUGAAGUGGCCAAAGAUCGUGGGGCCAAAUUGUCUUUAUUGCUGAACAAUAUCUGAAGUGUUUAAUAAUGUAUGUGCAAAUGUAUUAUUAUUAUUAGUCAAUAUGGUGUGAGCUGCAGGAAGGGGGAAGCCUGAGGGAAACACAACUCUAGACCCAGGGCUAAAAUGUAUAUACUAAGAGACUUUCUGCUGAGAUGCCAGGAGUGUGAGCCGUGGCUUUUUAACCUACUGCUUAAAAGAAAUAUGCAAGUAUUACAACUCUAGAGAAACACACAGCCAUGAUCACAUGGUCACAUGACCCAGAUAACUGCCGUUUUUCUGUCAGUUAGGUGAGCCGAUCAGCCGAAGAACAGGUGAUUUCCUCAGCAGUUUUGGAUCUGACACAACAAAAAUUGGAAAACGGAGAGGAAAGAGAGAAGAUGACAAAGGUCAGGAUGGCUUUCCGGUUGGCUUCCUGCCUGGUGCCCUACAUCAAUACCUCAUCUCAAAGAAGUGGAAGAGAAAAUGUUGAAGAGUAUAACGCGUACUUACAGUAAAGAACACAUACUUAUAUCUGGUGGAAAUAAGGUAUGGACCUUGUCAUUUAAACAAGCAUUAUCAAAUAAAACCCCACUUGUUCUGCUACAUGGAUUUGGAGGAGGGGUUGGACUGUGGGUGCUCAACUUUGAAAACAUUUGCCAAGACAGAACAGUUUAUGCAUUGGACAUCUUGGGAUUUGGACGCAGUAGUAGGCCACACUUUGAAGGAGAUGCAGAGAAAGCUGAGGAACAGUUUGUACAGUCUCUAGAAGAUUGGAGGAAGGAAUUAGGUCUGGAGAAAAUGAUUUUGCUUGGACAUAAUCUUGGUGCAUUUCUGGCCUCUGCUUAUUCUUUAAAGUAUCCUUUGCGGGUAAAAAGUCUUAUUUUAGUGGAGCCAUGGGGAUUCCCAGACAGACCUGAUAAUGCAGAUGAAGGAAGAGCAAUUCCGAUCUGGAUUAAAGCAGUAGGAGCUAUGCUUAGUCCAUUUAAUCCACUGGCAGGACUUCGUCUAGCUGGACCUUUAGGUUUAAGCCUUGUGCAGCGUUUACGACCAGAUUUCAAGAAAAAAUAUUCCUCAGUGUUUGAUGAUGAUACAGUAACAGAAUAUAUUUACCACUGUAAUGUACAGUCACCUAGUGGUGAGACAGCUUUUAGGAAUAUGACCGUUCCAUAUGGUUGGGCACAAAGACCAAUGCUGCAGCGUAUUGACAAAAUGCACGCAGACAUUCCAAUCACUGUGAUUUAUGGUGCACGAUCUUGCAUUGAUGGCAAUUCUGGAAGCACUAUCCAGUCACUGCGGCCAAACUCCUAUGUAAAGACUAUUGCAAUCCGUGGUGCAGGCCAUUAUGUAUUUGCUGAUCAGCCUGAAGAAUUUAACCAAAAAGUAACAGAGAUAUGUGAUUCUGUGGACUGAUUUCUUUUUAUAUGAUGCAAAAGAUAGAACUGCUCUCUUGGAGCUUCCUUCAUGCAUGCACUGCACCCUCCUAUUGCCAGCAGCACUGAAACAGAGUGUGUCAUUGCUGUGUCUCCUAAACUGUUGAUGCUUCUCCAUUGCAAAGACAUUUACACACUUGAACCAGAUUUUGUGCCUUUUGUAGAAUUUAUUUAGCAUUGUACAGAUUUGCAAACAUUUAUAAUGUACAAUUUUAGAGAUCUAUAUCUACUUUUGUGAUAAGCGUAUAUAUUUA